AAUCUCCGCUACGUUACCCCCCAGAGUCAUUUGCUCAAAGAAUCGGACGUACAGCCCUCUUCAACUAUGGACUCGAUGCGUAGUCUCAACACGUCGCUUCCUAAGACGAGGCGACGUCAGCCGACGCCGCAACCUGACACCCACCAAUCGUUCCGAAGCGCCGCCCUCACAGUCACCAAUUUGUACAAAGCCGCUCUUGCGGAUAUCGACCGCUCUCGCUCUGACGGAUAUCAGGAUGCUCUGGAGGAUCUUCUUGGGUUUCUUGACAAAGAAAACUUGGGUGUGAGUGAUGGCGAGGGUUGGCGUAUACGACAGUGGGCCACAGAGCGCCUGGACGGAUCUUUGCCUGUACAAUUGACCGGCGAUAGCGAUGACGAGGAAGAAAAAAGGGCACGUAGCUCUUCCCCUGUCAUGGAAAGGAAUUCCAGCCCGGAAGAAACAAGAUCUGUGGAGCCGGCCCUAGACCCAGCGCAUCGCUCGGAUUCCGCACCACCACCAGCAGCCACCGAACCGUCCAACGACGCUGAUAUGACACCAUUAUCCACCAUGUUCAACUUCAGCUCUCCGCACGCGUACCCGACCAAUCAAUCACCCGAAAACACCCCGUACGACCUCCCUGCCGCGGCACGCCGUGCUUUCCCCACGCCACGCCGUACAUCCCACCGCUCCUCGUCCCGUAGUCUGCGACAAUCGGCUGCCCAGAACAUUGUCAACCUAGCGAGUGGAUCUGGGGCAGGACAGAAACGAAAGAUCAUGCACGACUUCUUCAAUAUUGACAUGAACGAUCGGCGAGACGGGCCUGGUGGUGGGCCCAAAAGAGGGCGAAUGUCUUAG